AAAUUUAAACAGAAUGAAAAAAAAUACAUGUAUAAUACCUACAGAAUUAUUAAUGCAAAUAGUAACGUAUUUGGAACCAAAUGAUAAAAGAAUGGGUAUGCUAAUCUGUAAAGAGUGGUAUCAAGUAUUUCGAUAUAGCCUUUAUCAUACUAUUUUCGUAAAAAAUAAAAAGCAGCUUAUGUUGCUUUUAACCUCACUUACUUCACUUCAAAGAACAAAUGGCUAUUUCAUUAAGCAUAUUUACAUUCGAAAAAGAACAACACUGUUACUACCACAACAGAAACAACAAUCAGUUACACUUGUGCCACCUUUUCUAUUUGAACAACUUCCUAUCCUUUGUCCCAACUUGGAAACUUUAGAUUUUGAUUCUUCCUCCGAAUCAUGGAAGAGUAUUUACUUUCAUGAUAAUAUUUCAAAAUGGAUUUAUAUACGACAAUUACCCACCUUAACGAGUUUAAGCAUGGCUUAUCCCUUUUUACAUUUUAUUGGGGAAAGAUUAAGACACCUUUCGAUCAAAAGUGAUAUACUUGUUGAUCUAUCGACACAAGGACGCUUAGUGUCCAUUCUCACGCUUGUUCCAAAUAUCACGAGUCUAGAGAUUAAGGGAGAUGAGGGAAAUAGUCAAGUUACUCUUCAUCUGACAAUAGACGAUAUUGAAAUCAUACAUAAUAUCUUGCAACGUUUAAAGCGUCUCUAUAUCACUGGAGACCGCAUUCAACUGCAUAUCAAUCAAAGCCAUGAGAAACUCCCUCUUCAACAGCAGAUCAAGAACUUCCUCAUUGCACCAAAUCUUGAAUCAUUGUGUUUCAAUACACGCUUUACUUCUGCUAAAUGGCUUUUUUAUAUUGCUCAUAAAUACCCAAAUCUUCAUCAUUUAAUCAUAGAUGUGCAAUAUGAUGAUCAUGAUCAUGAUCAUGACAAUCAACAAGAGCUUAAUACUAUGGCUACAACUUCUUCUUUGACAGAAACUCUUUAUAUAGAAAAAAAGGCUUUAUUUUUAAAUUUAAUAAAGAGGUGCUGUCAUCUAGAAACCAUUUCAUUGUCUUGUCCCACACUCAGUCAUUGGUUUAAUUCGGAGUUCUUUGAAAUAUUAAAAGAGCGAGUAAAUUCUUCGUCACGCUGUAGUAGUAUUAAGAAAGUACAAGCUAAUGUUCACAGAAAUAAUCAGAUCAAAUUUGAUUCUGAAUUUAGACUUGCUUUGCAAUAUGGUAAAGAUUUAAUCACUUCCCUUGAAAUUGAUCAAUGGCGAUUAAAUGCGACCUUGUCAACUACUUUGAACUCUCUCAAGGGUUUUAGUCAACUCUCUUACUUGGAGAUGAAAUGUGAUUCUUAUCACGAUGAAUAUGAUAUGAAAGUGCUCCUGAAUAAUUGUCCUGUACUUGAAACACUUGUCAUCGAAUGGGGUACACUUUAUGUAUCUGAUUUGAAACCAAAAAAGACGACAAGAUAUCCUUUAAGAGCUUUGUAUAUUACCUUUGUGUCCUUUACACCACACGUCUUUCAUUAUUUAUCUAAAGUAUGCCCUUUAUUAAACACCUUAUACAUCACAAAAUGCAAGCAACUUUGUAACAUAAAUAAUACUUUAUAUCAAACUAUGAUUGAAAUUGAUAUGCCAUUGCAUGUCUUUGAUUGUAUUGCAAUUCAUGGUGUUCGAUUCGAAUACUCUAAUGCCUCUCUAUUUUACCAUAAAGUCUCUAGCUAUGUCCAAAUUGCAAAUAUAGAAAGAUGUAAAAAUGGAGGACUUGAAGAAGAAUGGUAUCAGUAUGUUGGUUAUAAAUCAACUCAUUCUGAGGAUUCUAUCAUUCAACAAUUAGGUCAAGCUGACUCAAGAAUUGCUGAGGAUUAUUUUGUAUUACGAGGGAAAGGUGUAAUAAAUACCAGCAGUAGCAAUAAUAGUAGUAGCGAUCAAUUUCUAAAAAUGCUAAGUGAACAAAAAUUAGAUGAUAAGUUGAAAAUGAAUUUGACGUUUGGAUAUAUUAAAAUAAGGUGCAAGGAGAUAGAAAACUUUAUAUUAAAUGAAAGUGCAAGUCAUUUUCCUUUGCAAUUGUAAUAAGAAGUUAUUAUUAUUAUUAUUGGUGGCUGUUAUCAUUCUUACACCAGUGCUUAGAUUUAACAAAUAUUUCAGUAAAUGAUCCUAUCCACACGUAUUAGAUUCUGUUUUUCUCCUUAUUCUUUUAUAAAAAUAACUUUAUAGUCAUCUUAAUUCAGAUAUAAUUUAUUGGGAUACAUGUACACACGAUUGGUUAAAUUUACUCAUUUUUGUUCCCGUUUUUCUGGGAGUCCAGGACAUCAUAUCCUUUUAUAUACAAAUAUAUACAUAUUUGAAAAUUUUGACCCCUUAUUUUUUUUUUCAAAGUAUGAUUUCCUGUUAUAAUAAUGUAUUUAGUUUAUUAAAAUAUAUUAAAAUAAAAUCAUUCUAAG